AAGGUAGCAACAAUACGAGUGGUGGGAAAUGAAGCAGCAAGAUCUCGCGUAACAAAAAAAAUGUUUAUCUCAGCUCAGUACUUUAUUCUGUCGUUUAUCCGACGUGGCAGUUGAGAUUGAGAAUCAAGCGUCCGCAUCAUCAUCAAUCAAUCAUCUAUCCAUGGCGGUGCCUGCUCCGACCUCAGCUCUCUGUCUCCGUCAUGUUCACACUAACAACCGCAUCUUCCGUCACCAUACCCCAUUCCGCACUCCCUCAAGUAACAGUAAACUACCUCUAACCGUCGUCGCCAUGGCUCCCAAAAACAAGGUGAACAAGUACAACGAUAACUGGAAGAAGGAAUGGUUCGGAGCGGGGAUAUUCUACGAGGGAAGCGAAGAAGUUGAAGUGGACGUGUUCAAGAAAAUCGAGAAGAGGAAAGUUCUGAGCAACGUGGAGAAAGCGGGGUUGUUAUCCAAAGCUGAGGAGUUAGGUGUAACGCUAUCUUCUAUUGAGAAAUUAGGUUUGUUUUCUAAGGCGGAAGAGCUUGGUUUACUCAGCUUAUUGGAGAAACUCGCUACUUUUUCUCCUUCUGUUUUGGCUUCUCUGUCGCUUCCUACGCUUGUUGCGGCUAUUGCGACCGUUGUUCUGAUUCCGGAUGAUUCUACUGCUCUGGUUGUUGUUCAGGCCGUCGUGGCGGCGGCUCUUGGUGUCGGGGCGGUUGGUUUGUUCGCUGGGUCGGUUGUGCUAGGUGGGUUGCAAGAGGCUGAUUGAUUGGUUGAGUAUUAACGUUUUUUUACAGUGGUUAUUUUUGGUGUAAUUACAUUGUAGUAAUACUUUACUUCAUUGUUCAAUCAAAAAAUAAUAAUUUAUUUCCUUGUGAUAAA